CCUUGUUGGUAACAUUAAGGAACACAGCUGUCUACAACCUGCACCAGAGGAGUAUUUCAGACAGCUCAACCGCACUCAAGCUGCAAACUAAAGUAUGUGCAGGAGCUGUAACGAGCAGGUUUGUAUAGCAGGAAGUGUUAGAAACAGUCGUGUCUUAUUUCCUAUUCCUAACUAUAGCCAACCAGCCAGGGCUCUCGAGCUAGCAUGUAGCUAGCAGUACGUUACAUUGUCAAUGAUUAAAUGGCCGACAACAACUGACUUCUUUCCCUUUGGUAAGUGAAACCUUGUUACAGGAGCUUGACGUUUAUCGGUGUUUAAUUUGCCAGCGCCUUUCUUGCUCGUCGGGGAUAGCGUUGGGGCUAUUUUAGAGGAGCCACUUGACCUUUUCAGUGGGCGAGCUAGAAGCCUCCGUAGCACAACAGUGCUGUGACGACGUGUUGUGGGACCAGCUAGCAAUGGUGCAAGGACGGGGGAGCGUCAUCAGACCAGAGUGAAAAGCCUGUGUGUUCAUCUGGCUAACAACAAAACAUGCCUUCCACCCUUCACUGAUAAUUAAAAUGUUGUGACAGCUGUCAAAGUCCUGUGUAACAGACCGCCUUCAGAGAACUGGAUUCAACCUCCACAGAAGAUGGAGGACUCUUCUCAUUUGUACAUAUCUGAAUUUGGAGACAGUGAGGAUAUAGAGGAGGACGAGGAAGACGUUUAUCAAGAGGAAGGUAACAUUGAACCAGAUGCACCUAAUUCACGAGACCUAGAUCUUCAUGAAAAUCCUCCCCAGAGAGCCUGGGACUCUUUUCCCUGUCAGCACUGUGAGAGGCAUUUUACCAGCAAACAAGGCUUGGAACGACACAUGCACAUCCACACAUCGGUGAACAACGAGGCGCAUGCAUACAAAAGCAAUAAGAGCAUCAUGUCUUUUGGUUCAAAUUUAGGUCAGCUGCAGCAUGAAAAGAUGAAGCCUUUGGAUUCAGUAGGCUCAGUCACGCAGCUUCAUACUUCAUCCCCCAUAAACUUUAAUACUUCCAUUUUGUCAGCUGAAGACCACAUUGCUCAGCCAGAAAAACAGGGAACAUUAGAGGAGCAUCAUGCUUGUAAAUACUGUGAAAAAAUAUUCACCACUCAUACCAACAAGCGACGACAUGAGCGCAGGAUCCACGAGCAGCAUCUGCAACUCACACAUGUAGAAAAAACCCUGCUGCCCCAGGAGGAAAAUCUUCAGAGGAUUAGCAGUGCAGCAUCGCAACAGGAAACAGAGCUCUGUGACAAUACAGCACCUGCAGCUGUUGUGAGGAAUGAAGGGGAGCACACAGAACAAUACAUGCUAGACGUCUCAAGCAAUAUUUCAGAGAACCUUAGCUUUUACAUAGAUGGAAAGAUAGUGUCAACAAGUACAGUCAGUAGCUGUGAAGCAGCUGAGGUUCAUUCUGUGUCUUCAACUUUAGUAGGACUGGAUGCCCUGAUUCUAGACCCCACCCAAAUCAGCCAGGUUUUAAAUCCAGAUUCAGUCACAGGCAAAGAGAUACCUGGUCAGCCAGUGGCCAAGAGGAGAACUGCGACACCACCUCUUUUACCACAAAUUAAAACCGAGCUGGAGUCUGAGGUGGUUGUGUCUUCAUCCUCAUCAUCACUUGUGUCUUCUUUAAUAGAGAAUCUACUUCCUCAGAAUACAGAGUCUACAGUUGUGCAGAAGGAAAGGACUGUGUUUCUAUCCCCUAAGCUGAAGCAGCUCCUGGAGAAGCAGGACGGCCUGAAACCUGCACUGGCCCUCAUCACAGAUGGCCAAAAGCCUUGUUCACCCGUCUCUCUGUCUGUCCUGCCUGCUGGAACAGGAAGGUUUAAAAGAAGGACUGGUUCUCCACAAAGUUCUCCACAGCAAAACCCAACAUCUAACGAGGAAACACCAAUGCAGGAUACAGGAGAUUGUGAAGCUGCAAGUACAGGACAGACGGAGACCCAGCAUAGUUCACCUGUGCACCAAACAGCCAAUGAGAAGGAUAACACAAAUCUGUUCGUAGAGGAACCAGCAGUGAAUGCCGUCCUAACAGAGAGCUGGCCCCCUAUGACUGGUGGCAAUUCCUGUAACCAGCAACCACUGGAUCUCUCCAAUACAGUCAAAAGAAAUGAAGAUGAAAGUUUAGGCGAUGCUGUGCUGGAUUUAAGUUUGCAGAAAAGGAGCCCAGAUGAAUCUGAGGGGACAUCAAAUGUAGUUUUGCAGGCAGUUUUAAAAGAAGGAAGAUUAAAUACAAGCAUGUUGGAGAAGGCCUUAAUCAAUAUUGCAGAGCAAAAUGUAGGCCUAGGAAAUUCUGAGACCCCUUUAGUCACAGACUUCACAAUAGUUACAGGCUCAGAUAUGGUGACCCCUGUGGAGUCUGUUGCAGAAGGACUUCUGUAUGGACUUACACUUCCCUCCGGUUCUCUCACUCCAUCAUCUGCCUCCCUUACCUCUGUUGCCUUGCAGCCAGCUUCACCAUGCACUAUAGCAUUCGCUUCCCCAGCCUCACACACAGUGCUCCCCACUGCUCCUUCAUUAAUUACAGUUCUGGCACCAACGCGGCCCAUUUCUAACCCUUCAAGCCAACCAAUCCAAGUAUUAGCCCCAAAUAUAUCUUCUGAGCCCUUGGUAAUCUGCACAGAAAAUGCAUUAAAUGCCUCAGAGUGUGAUUUAACUACUGCAUUUACGUCUGCGAAUUCUGCAAACCUUGUCACUCUCUCACAACCCCUUGACCCAACUCUAAAUCUACCUGGCCACGUGUUUCUCACUGAUCAAAUCACCCUCAACCCCCCUUUAGUUGAAUCCACUCCUGUGUCAGAAGUACCAUUCACACCCACUGUAACUUUAAAUGAUUCCCUCAUCAACUCUUACAACAUUACAAGCAACACUGUGUUGAUAGAGUGCACAAUAGCCCUUGAAGCCCCAGGUAAUGUUGUCCCUGCAGCAAUUACCUUACAAGAACACACUGCAGAGCCUCCUAGCAGAGCACCUACGCAGAUGGUUGUUAAUCACAUAGAACAGCAACAGAUUGUAUCAGUACCUAGCCCUCCAACCGUGGACCCCACCGUUCUUGUGUCUUCCAUCGCAGAAUCAGUGAGUCUGUCCACCACCACCUCACUGAUAUCUGAUCGUCCUGCAGUGGGUGAAUCAAAGCCUGACCCAGAACCAGCUGUUAAUGCAGAGCCACCAACCACAAAAGAGGAGAAACUGACUGGCAUUUCUGUUUCCAAACCCGAAACCUCUCAGUCUCAAACCUCGCAACCCCCUGAGAAAGCUGAAGAGGAAGAAUCCUCAAGCAGUGCACCUAGUGAGCAGCAGACCUUCACCAAGAACUUCAUCUGCAAUGUGUGUGAUAAGCUUUUCCAUUCAAUGAAGGAACUGGGCCAUCAUGUAGGUGACCAUGCUGAUGAAUGGCCCUACAAAUGUGAGUUCUGCGUAUUGCUCUUUGGCAAGCCCUCUGCUUUGCUUGACCAUCGAUCAAGCCUCCACGGUGUUGGCAAGACUUAUGUUUGCAGUGCAUGUACAAAAGACUUUGUCUACCUUUGCAAUCUGAAACAGCAUCAGGAGGAAUUACAUCCCAGUCAGCAGUGUACUUACACAGAAGAAGAAAAGGGAAAACUAAGACCUCAGAACUACAACAACUCAACAAAAGUCAACACAGAGCCUCCAGAGGAACCCAAGAAAUCAGUAAAAAAGGAAGAGAGUGAAGUGGAUGUAGCUGCUGAAGAACUGUUUACAACAAUAAAAAUCAUGGCCUCAGAUGGAGGCAAACUGAAAGGGCCUGAUGUUCGUCUUGGCAUUAACCAGCAUUAUCCCAGCUUCAAGCCUCCUCCAUUUCCUUACCAUAACAGAUCACCUGCUGGCUCAAUGGCUUCAGCCACAAACUUCACCACCCACAACAUCCCACAAACAUUUAGUACAGCUAUACGGUGCACUAAGUGUGGGAAAAGCUUUGAUAACAUGCCAGAGCUACACAAGCACAUCCUGGCUUGUGCAAAUGCCAGCGAUAAAAGGCGAUACACACCCAAAAAGAAUCCCAUCCCACUACGCCACUUUGCAAAAGCUCAAAAUGGAGUGCUGUCUACGACUAAUUCUGCUAAUGAAAACAGAGCCAGCCAGUCAAACAGGUCCAAAACUCACCAGGAAUCACAAGUAAAGAUGAAGUUCAAAGUGCUUAACAAAAGGAAGAAAAAGAUGGUCCAAAGGGUCAUGCCUCAGAGGAACAAGUCGACCCCCUCGUCAAAUAAAGUGUCACCUUCACAGGUGGACGAGCAGCAGGAGAUAUUUGUCUGCCCACACUGCAAGAGGGAGUUCACAAUGCGCCGCAGCAGAACCAAACACAUGGCAGUCUGUCCCAAGAAGCCUAAAGAGGUGAAGAAAAGGAAAGAAGGGGGAAUCUCUGUAACCAAGGAAAAUGACGGACACCUGCACAGAGGGGUUUCUCACGUUGAAGAGAAACAAGUCUCACCUCCGCAUAAAACUAGACUGCAGACUUCUGGCCCUGCCAAGAGGCCAGCCAUCCUACCAGUGCAAACUGUCUUUUCAAACAAAAGAAGUAAAAUAAUCAUAAAAGAGAGCACGCAACCAAAAACUGAGACACCCACUCUGAAUGAACUUCCCAUCGUUCGCACUUUCAACCCCUCGAUGCGCCAGUAUACCAGAGUGCAGCAUAGCGUCAAAGGCAUCCCCAUUAAAAUCACCAUAGUGAAACCACAACAGACUGAACCACAGAAGGACGAGCUGCCUCCCACUCUGAGCCGAGAAGAAGCAACCGGAGCCGUCACCAGCAGCUCUGAGCAGAGCGCUACAGCUUGAAGACUAUUCAGCAGGCCACCAGACGAUCGCCAGGUAGAUCAUGUACAUUUAAGUUUAUUUGCAAACAGAUAUGAACAGUUAUUGCUCAUUUAUACAGGUAAGGUGAGUACUGAACAACUGAAGCUGAAACAACACACAAGAAGCUUCUACAGCCCCUUAAGAUGGUUGUGCAAUUAAAAUUUCAGCCUAUAAGAUCUCAGCUUGGCUACGCUUUUAAAAAACUGACAGAAAAUGAAAUUUUGCUUAAAUACAAGAACUAGAAGUACACAUCUGUCUCAAUAAGUUGUUGUUUACACUUUCAGGACUCUGCUGUGUGGAACUCCUUCGGUGGUACUGAAAGGCGAUAACUGCUUAUCACACUGUAAACUCAACGGACUCAGAUUGCAUUACACUGUACAUUAAAUGACUGGAUUGAGGAUGGAUAAAGCAGAAGACUAAGGAUACUGCAGUGAGUGGAUGUAUUCAACUGAGUAUUUGAAUGCUUUUGUAGUUGCUUGGAGUUUUGUAGCUUCCUCCUUCAUUUUGUAAACUUUCUGUCAGACGGCUUGGAUUUGCACUUUGAAGUUAAUCUGACUGCUACAUGUCACAAAUUGGAAAGGAAGUGGGAGGAAUUGAGCUGGAUGCUCCUCUCGUUUCCUGCUCUGCAGGCUACCUAGAGUGGAAGGCAGGUGGCAAUCGUUUUCAGCAUGCAUUUGCACUUUUCCUUAUCUGUUAUCUGUGGCCUUUUGGUUUAAACUCUUACUGCAUGCUGUGAGCUUGUAUUACAGCUACAUUCAUAUAGGAAGGAUUAUGUUGAUGCAGUUAGGCCUUAAAAACUGUCUGAUGUUGCGUAAUUAUUAUAGUAUAGUAUACUAUAGUGUAACAUCGGCCACAAACUACCUGUCAAAAUUCUUGUUAUGGGCACUGUCAAUUAUUAGAGAAGUCAGUGUUUUCAUUUAUGUGAAAGCAACAUUUGGUAGAAUUAAUGCUGCAGCCUUUUGUAUAUAAUCUGGUUGGCCAGUUGCUAUGUAUCUGUAAGGAACAGUUUUGAGAAUAUUGAUCUUUACUGUAUGUGCCAUCAAACAUAUAUGACAUAGUUAAAUGUGGCAUAUAAGUGAUGCUGAAUGAAAAUAGUUCACUGUUUCCCACAUGUAGAAUUUAAGGUGGCUGAUCAAAAUAGAUGAUUUUUAAAAAUAUUUAUCUCUUCAGAAAUCAAAUGUGCAAUUACAUCUAAAAAGAGAAAGUACUUCCUUUCAGAGCCGAAUGUCUGGGAUGUUGGAUUUUGUCACUAAUGGACCACCACAAAAACACUGCAGUUUGAUGUAUUUGCACUGCAGUCCAAAACAAAUUAUCAUGUCAUUUUCUGUAUAGUUGGAUGCAUCGCCGCCACUGUUACAGUAAUAAGACUUCAAUUCAAAACAGCAUUGACUAAGCCAGCUCCAGUGCUUGGCUUCUCUGCAUUUCUGCUGAAAUCUUGAAACAUUAACAACAGUCCAGUUUGUUUUGCACCAGUAUCACAAAAAAUAUGAUUUUGUGUGGUUUUCUUUCCUCUUUAAUGACUAGACAUUUUAAUGUGAAGUACAGUUCAUUUAGGUCUCUGUCAUCUGUAGAAAACAAGCACUUCAUCACUGCAUAAAUCCUGUGUAACAGUUGUUGACAGUUUAUUGUGUAGUGUGUAUAAUGAAUUCCAACAUCUAUAAAUCACAAAAUGGAAAUGUAAGAUCAAUUAUGUGGUCAUUUUUGCUGGAACCCUGCACUGAAGUAUAAAAUGAUGAUGGCAAAUUGUAACUAAUGUCAGAGUGAGUGUAAUAAAGUUUGUCUGUUUGCUUAUCAUAAGCUACAGGUUUUAAGAUCCAGUGGUAUACAGGGUAGUUUUUUCAUUAUGAUUUAAAUGAGAUAAAAUAAUUUGAACUCAAACUUGCACUUGAGAACCUGACAAUGGUCUGUACCUGAGAGCAAGUAAUGGUACUUUUGUUUUCCUUUUUUUUGCAUUUUCAACCCUUGCUGGUAAUAUUUCCUUCAUGCAGAAAGACUGCAGUUUGUUGGCUGUACAGGGUGGUUUGGGAGACUGUUAUUUAACUGUGAAAAGUGCUUGUAGCAUUUCAAAGUGUAAAUGAAGUCAUGUAUAUUUAUUAAUAAUUUAAAAUUAUGUUCUCAAUCUCUGAGCGGUUCCUCUGUAUAAUUUGCACUAAAGUUUUUUCAAGCGAGUGUUCAAAAUAAAUGGAGAAUGUUA